CCAAGGAACACCUUCUCCAUCUUCAGCUUCCAGAGCGCCCUCCAUCCUGUCUUCUUUUCCCCGCUCAAUCCCUCACCAGCAAUCUCACGCUAGCCAUAGCCACUAGGCCACCCUGCACUUCCACCCACAUACCAUCGUAUACAGAAGGCAGCAAACAAAAGAACACAAGGCAACGCUCUGGCUAGCCACCUCCACAAGCCUUUCAACUAUCUCUGGCGGCCAUGUUGGAUUCAGACUCUGGAUCCUCCGACCUCUCCGAGGCCUCGUCCCCUUAUUCCGACAACUCGAGCGGAUCCGAGGGAGAUGUCCUGGAUAGGUUGCCGCAGUCAGCCGGGCAGCGGCUGAAACUGCAGCAACAACACCAGCGAUCCCGGCCGUCAAAACAAGGGAAACCGCAGCAUAGUACCCAGUCAUUAUCCUCAAUACAAGGAGGGCCAAUUGAGCGCGACACACGCGCUUCUUCGUUGUCGUCGUCUUCAGGAUCCGACUCUGACGAUUCUACGGAUUCGGACGACGGCGACACACCCGAUCACAUUAAAGUUUCCAAAGAUAUCGGAGCGCCCAUUUCCCUAUCCGCCUCUCAACCAAUCUACUCCAAGGAGAUCAUGGAGAAAUCCAUGAUGCACUCUCCCGCAAACGCCAAGUACAACGCGCAUCCCAACACAUCAAAUUCAGGACGAGGACGAGGUCGAGGGCGUGGACGAGCUCCAAUGGCAGGCCAUGGAUCUCGCAAAUACGAUGCACAAGGCACUAUGGUGAUCGACUUCGAAAAUCCUUCAGUAUCAAUCGAGGACGGCACCGAGAAACAACACCCGAUACCAGCAGUUGCUGCUGAAACUGCCUCAAUACCACGCGUCUCACCGACCCCUAGUACAGCACACAAAAAGAAGAAGACGACGACAGGGCGCUCGAAGACGAAGGCUUCCAAGCCCGUUGGCGGGACCAACGGCAAACAAAAAGCAGGCGGGAGAAAAAUAGGGAGACCAAAAUCCGUCUCCAAGGAUGUCUACUGCAUCUGUCGAGGGCCAUACGAUGGAAUCGAGUUUAUGAUAGCCUGCGACCGCUGCGAAGAGUGGUUCCAUGGUCGCUGCAUAGGGAUGAAGCCGCAGGAGGCGAAGAAGAGCAGCCACUACUAUUGCGAUACUUGUCAACGGAUUCGGAAGAUGUUUGGCGUUGCUGAUGCAACAGAAAACUCUGCCAAGCUCACCAAGACCAAGAGCAAAAUAAGCACCGACAAGCGUGCAGAGAAAGAUGAAUCUGGAACAAAGGAGAAGCAGCCGACACUGAAGAUAAAGGCCAGGCUGGAUCCAGAGCGCUCAUCAGCUUCACUUACAGGCACCGACCACCACGUCAGUUAUACUUCAACUUCGUACCCACAACCGAUCCAGCAACCCUCUCGGAUCCAGAGUACGCCAUAUUCCCCAGCUACUGUUGGCCAAUCUCACUUUGGGAAGGGGCUGUGUGGAGCAGUCAAUGCGAGUCAAAACAACAGGAAUUUUCAAUCAGCGCUUUACGAUACCCAUUCGGUCACAGCGGCACAUACGGCAACCACCCCGCCACAGCAUUACGACAGCAGUUCCUCAGAUCGUACUCCUACUUUUAUUCGAGCCACACCAUCGGCAAUACCGGAUGACGACGAGGAGGAUGUAUGUCCCGUCUGUGACUUUGAAUGUACAUGCAACAGCAACAGCAACAAAACCGACACGGAAACGGUUUCAUCCGUUUCCAAACCAGCACCAACCACGGAUGAUCCUCAUAGUUACACCGCCGUGAAGGUUCCGUUUCAGCCUGACCCAAGAUUUCAGGUACCAGAGGCGCGGCUCAAUUCCGAGCUAGUGAAUGUGGCGAGUCAUUCGUCAUUUCUGGACGCAAGGAAGACACCUGUCGUGAAGGCUGAGGACGUAGGCACCAAAAACAAUUCCUUUCCUACAUCUCUCAGGAAUCCCGUAUCCACGUCUCGCAGGCAAGGAGGGUCUUCGGCCAUGGGACGUGGGGGUAAGGGAGUUGGAAAGGCGCCUCACCUGAUGCACGCAGUCAAGGGCUAUAGCCGCGGCAAGAGCAUGAAAGGCGGGAAAGCCGCGAUGCACAUGUACCAUCAAACGAGACGGGAUUCAAGAUCCGACAUAUCAGAUGGCUUCAGCGACAACGAGGAGUUGGAAGAGGCUGCUCUGGACCACGGAGAAUCCCAGUUUGUUCGACGUCGUGCAAGAUAUGAGAGCGACAGCGACGAUAUAGACGACAUGGAUGAGACGCUAUCGCUGAGCUCAUCCAGCUCUCUAAGCGACCUUGACGAGGAUGCAGCACAGGCUACAGCUUCUCUUUCGGUCACAGAUCGACUGACGUCUAACCCUAGUACACCUAUCAGACUUACCGCGGGCAAAGGAUGGUCCCAACCUGCGUCUAGAAAGAGCGACCAGCUCGUAACGCUCAAAAAGCGCGGACCUGGCAGGCCUAGAAAGCAAAAGAACCCCCCUCUUAUUGUCAGCCGUGAGGACGAGAUGGCACUGUACACUCCCGCAGUAGCGACCAGAAAGCUAACCGCGACCUACAAUCCCUCGACCAAAGUAAGAGCGAAAGCCGAGCUCCCUUUAAUCGCCUAUGACCCCGAGGUUGCUGAGGAUGUUAUGACCUUAAACGCUAUAGACAGUGGUGACGAGAGCGAAGACCAUGCAACGCCUAUAAUGCCUGCUCCAUCUGAUGUGUAUAGCGAGGAUGAUAUCUUCGGAGACGGGGACCUGAGCGACGAGUUGAGUGGAGAUCUGAGUGACAUCUUGAGUGAAGAUCUGGAUGAUCUCUCGGAUGAUGGUCUGAACUUCAGCAGUACUGACGAAGAGGAUGAGGUGAACAGCAGCAGCAGCCCCCACGAAUUUCACUACUCCGACAUGGAGGAGCAGGAUGAGUCUUUGGUCGACUCAGAUUCGUCUAUCAACUCCAUUACGACGGACAGCUCGGAUUCUUCGUCCUCAGCGACGGACUCCGAGAACGAGCUGUAUCCCCAUGAUAUGUUGGACUUGGACGAUGAAGUUGAUCUUCUGGAACGCGAGGGAUCGGAAGAGUUGAUCGACGAAGAGGGGUUGAUGCGUCUGGAAGAACAAGAGCGGUUGUUCUUAGCCAAGGCGCAUGGCUUGCUUGAUGUCCUUAGUGAGGAAGACUCGGAUCCAGGCCGAAACCCCUUUGAGAGUUCUGAAGAUGAGGAAGACGAGGAAGAGGAUAUUUUUGGUGGAGACGAAGACAUCUAUUCGGACGAGUACUACGAGGGCGAAUACUACUACGACGACGACGACGACGACUACGACGACUACGACGAGGUGGACGAGCAGGACAUUCUUAAUCAGCUGAAAGGGGUCCAAGCGGAUAUGCAGGCCCUCCUGAUGAUCCCUCCAGAGCAGCAGGAGCAGUUGUUGCUGCUUCAGCACUAUGAGGAAACCCAUCGCCAGCAACAGGAGCUGCAAAUGCAACAUCAACAGCAGCAACAGCAUCCAUCUCAGGAACAGAUUCAAACAAGCCAGGAUCUGCAGAUCGCAGGCAUGCUGACGGGUUCGGACCUCCUACCACCGCUCGAUGUGAAUGUGCCGGACCUGGAUGCUGUAUCAGAGCAGCUUGCGGCCUCACUCGCAAGCAGCAUCGCCGAGAGUAUGGCGGGGAGCAUGGCGGCGAAACAAUCGCUGGACGGCUCCCUUUUCUCAUCGGUUGGGAGUGGUGAAAACGCCUCACCUACCGAUAUUCCCGACACGAACAGCGCAGUUAGGGCUCCAUCCGACGUAUCACCCAAGUCAGCUCCAUCAGUAUCUCCAGAGUCGUCGGCUGUGAUGUGGACUGCAUCGCUGACGUCAACUCCCACCCCUUCGGACUCAAACUCGGCCUCUAUUCCUACACCCGCCAAUACCCCAACGUUACCAGGAAAUAUUAUGGGAGCAUCGCCCUCAUUACCAAGCACUACUGGGGCUGACACUCAGAAUUUCCAGACGCCUGCUCAAACUUCUGGCCCAAAUAACCACCAACAUACCUCGCUGCUGUCAAUACAAUCGGGUGGUUCGAGUCAGAGGAUGCAGGGCAAAGUCCAGAUGCUUUCCAACAAUCCAUCAUACAAACCCCUGACGUCCAUCGUUUCUGUGCCAACAAUUGGUGGGCGACCCGUGCAGCCCAUUCUACCGCGACUGGCCCCAGGAGAAAGUUUAGCAGGCUUGAGUCCUUUUGCAAAGGCCCAUGCAGCGGAAUCUCAAUUGGCCAUGCUGAACCAAUCGCGCCUUCAAAGCAGCGGCGCAAAUGCGUUCAAGGAAGCGGCUCAAAAGGCACUGGGUGGAAUCAUCAGUAACAGUAAAGCUGCACCUGCAGCAUUGGAUUCAAGUAGGGCGGCGCCACGGGGCGAUGGACAAGCUAGUGGCGAUACUGUAGCCGACGCGUCGCCAGGCAUGCAUAGCACAGAGAUCAGGAAGCGAAAGGGUGACGAUCAAAAGACGAAGGAGAUCGUUUUGCACCAAGGGAAACGUAGGCGGCUGUCCACUGCCAACAUUAUGGGCAGCUCCCAGGCCAGUGCUGUAUCCGAAGUGCGUAGCUUGCUGAACUCAGGAACUGCCCCGACCUCUGAAACUGAAUCCACUCUCCCAUCUAGCUCUGUCAAUUCUUUGACCAUAUCAUCAAUCUCGACCGCACCGUCCACCGCGUCCCAGUCGCCGCUCAGCGUUGUCAUUGCCAGCAUCGAAAACUCCUCCGCUUCUGAGUUAACAACCAGCGUUUAUGACUUUUCCAAGGGGGCACUACCAUUUAUAGAUCCCACAACGCGGAAUAUCGGCCCAUCUGGCACUCAUUACACAAUCCGCACAAGUAAGCACUAUCUGAAGGGCAAAGAACCGAAACAGAUUGAUGUGAUGCCUAUGGACGACUUGCUGGACACAUCUGCCCUGUACGGCCGAUCCUCGUCAAGGUCGCCGUCUCCAGACCGAGCAGACGCAGAAGAGGGUGACACUGAGAUUUCGCAAACAAUCCUCAAGGACUUGAAUCGGUGGGAGCGGGUCCCUAUCGGUACUUUCCGAAGAAGCCGUAGACCCAGUUCGCCGUAUGUGGGAUUACAGGGCGCACUGAAGUUUGGAAACGUGACAAUGCCGGCGACUUUGUUGUCAGACCACCAACAGCAUCAGCAUCAGCAACAGCAACAGUUGUUUCAGGAAUCACAUCGGCUUCAGAGGAAAGUCCCUGGUGUCCGAAAGCAUCGUGCGUCGUCUUCAGCAUCAGACAUUUUAUCCGGCCUCACACGUAGAGACGGCAGCACUCGUAUGAAGGGGGUGGGCGUCUCUCCUGGUGUGCAGGAUCGUCUGCUGCAAAGCAAAGCCCAUGCUGCCCUCGCUGGUUCGUUGACAGACAGUCUCCUCGCUGCCUCUGUCCCCUCUACCGGGAACGUUUUAGCGACGAAUCGAGACCCACUCCGAAGAAGACGACGCGCCGGGAGCAGCGCAGCACAUAUACAUCGAUCCAGCCUCCAAGCAGGGUUAUCCCGUGUAUCUUCAACCCAGCAAACGUCAGAUAUGGCAGGAUCAGGACUAAACAUGGACUUUCAUGCAGGAUUAGGGAUCGGUUUGGAGGGCUUUGGUGGAUCUGGGAUCUCGAGCUCCAAGAACGGAAGGAACUCUGGAGAUGCAAGUCGAAUGGCGAGUUUAGCGGAUUUGAGGGACUUGAUGACGGACUCUACGCAGCUACCUUCGUCAGCAUGUCCUACGCCGCUCCAUUCGCCUCUGUUCAGCGCCACAUCUGCGAGCGGAAGGGUUCAUCACCAUAAUUCGGGAGAACCCAUGGUCAGCGGAGACCAGGAUGGGAAAGCGAAUGAUCUGGGCCGGGAGGAUGGGCAACGCGGCGAAGAGGCGAUAGUGUCUCAUCUGGAGCUGGAUAUCGGCAAGGAAAUGGAUGGAUUCCACGAGAGUCUUAUGGCACAAUCCAAGACUCAUAGCGGCAAGAAAUGAGGAGGGUAUCCAUGUUUUUGAC